AUCAUACAUUUAUAGUUGUAAAACAAACAAAAGAAUGUUAGCCCCACAAGUGCUAACUCAAAAAAGAUACUAUAAAUUAAACAAUAUAUUGCGUUCAAAUUUUGAUUGUGCCUCUCUAAUGACGUGAACAGUUAUCUUCCAGUGCCACUUACUUAUCCACAAGCUCCGUUUUAGGUGGUGUUUCAAUUGCAUUUAAUGCACGCAACAAACUGCAUGCCUACAACCCCACAAUGUAGUUGUGCGUUAAUGACAUACAUACACCAUAUAUUUACUCAAUCACCAAUGACAUUGACAGCGUAAAUAAUUUUCUUUUACUAUCGUUAACAUUUUUCUCCAUAUAAUUGCUCACAAGCGCAUAGUGAAAGGAAAAUCGCUUGAGUUUUUUCCAUUUACAGAGCUUUGCGUCAAGCAAGACUCGAAACAAUCUCUCUUGGAAGAAGCUCAAUUUGAGAUUUCUAGUUAAGUAUGUGAGUAUAUUUUAACUUGUUAUUAAAGAGAAUGAGUUGAUGGAUACACUUUCUUCUAACCUUUUCAGUACUCUGUUUGUUUCAGCUCAUCAAUCGGAAAUGCCAUACACCGCUGUCCAUCGAAUUCCGUACCAGAAACUCAAAGAAGAUAGCAGCUACUUGGAAGAUGAAGAUAUUGAUUUAAUAAACCUGAGAGAAAAGGUAAUUGGGCAACUUAGGAGAAAGCCCUCUUCGUUCAGAAAAGUGCAUCUGAGGAAGCGAUUGAGGAUUAAGGUACCCAGCUUGAAGAAAUUCUUAAGGAGAAAAUCUAGAAUAAUCGUGGCCGCACUGGAUAAAAUUUUGAAGAGGUUGAAGGAAAGCCAGUCACAUUUUGGGGAUCUUUUUGCUGGAAAUUACAUGUUUAUGCACGUCUCUCCCACUCCAUUGAAAAUUUGUGCCCAAAAUCCCAAAUCUCCCCAUUUGAGAGCUGAUUACCUGCUUAAUAGAUUCUCAUCAGUAGGUUCCGCUAGGUAUUAUGAUUAGUUUUAGCAUCCAUUAAUUUCAUUGUGUUCUAUAAGUAUCUUUGAAUAUUUGAAGUUUAUGAUAAAAGCUUCGCAUUUGCCUGAUC